AUGGCCCAGUCCCCAUCGUCGACGCGCGCCCUCACCCUCGCUGUGCUUUUCUCCGCGUCACUAUGGGUAGCGAGCCUCCCGCGCUCCGCGGAUGCAGUUCAGCUCUCCUACGUGCUGUCUCAGAUCCGCAACAAGACCAACACGGGCGCCAACGCGGACAUAUCCGCGGGAAUGGUGGAAUUCGCCGCUGGAUACGACAAGGUCGAUGACAUCACUGGAGGCUCGCUUCUUCUGCCCAUCAACGACGGCUGGACUAACGCACUCGCGGCCUACAAGACCAACAAUCCGUCUGCGACAACCUCCUCGGACCCGGUUCUCGAGGCACUCAGCACGAUUGUGUCCUCGUCGGGGUCACUGUCGGCCCUCAACGGCAUGUCGUCCAACGCCAAGAACGCCAUGUCGCGCCUCGCCAAGUUCAUGUCUUACAAGAACGGGCGGUUCAGCUUGAACACGGCGCUCAACCAGCCAAUCUAUCUCUACGCCAACGUCACCGGUGUCCUCACAACCGGCAGCGGGAUAGAUCACGUUUUCACCGGGACCGACCGUGGCGCCGUCGACCCGACUACGUACAAGAAGAAUGGACUCGUGGCAGGCAGUGGCGCUGGAGGGCCGAAGGCAGUGGGGGAUGUGACAGCCGUCUUUGGUCUUGCCAGCUCCGCUCAAGUGCUGGGCAAGACCACGUCGUCAUCUGACAUGUCCGCGAUUGUUGUGUCUGACCCCGUGUUCCCCGCGACUAUGAGCUCGCUUACCAGCUCCGAUCCUGUGCAACCGUAUGGCAAAGGUGCUGGAAGUUUUGCGAUAUAUGGAAAUCUUUUGGCGCUGGGUCUUUCUGUGAUUGCGCUGCUUGUGCUCAUUCAGGAGUUGAUGUAA